CCCUCCUCACCCACACCGCGCUCAGGAUAUCUUGGACUGAGAGAUUCACAGACGUUGCCAGGUCAGACUACCGGACCGGCCAGGCUGCAACAUGCGCUCGCCACUGCCUGCUGCGUUUCAGCCCCUCAGCGCACCUGGUACAUCGCUCGGCUCUGUUUUAAAGCGCUCGCUUCUCUCCUCCCGUCUGUUUUGCACUUCACAUCAGGCUGGGUACCGAGCGGGUCAAUGGGGACUAUGCAGUGAGUGGCUGAUAACUGCGCCCGUCCCCGCGCACGGAGCAAUGGACUGCAGUUUUACUUGAACAGCCACAUGGAGAACCCAGCCAAGUAUCUCUCAUCGGUGCAGGGGAUUGACUCUGUGCCGGCACCCCUUGGAGAGAUCAUGUGGAACAGCACCGAAACAGAGGCAACAAGCGGCGGGAGGAAGGAUAUGGUGGUGCGCACAGUGACGGGCUGUCUGCUGUCCCUGCUCAUCCUAUGGACCCUCCUGGGGAACAUCCUAGUUUGCUCCGCGGUGCUGCGCUUUCGGCACCUGCGGACCAAAGUCACCAACAUUUUCAUCGUCUCCCUAGCUUUAUCGGAUUUAUUCGUGGCCAUCUUGGUGAUGCCAUGGAAAGCUGUAGCAGAGGUGGCGGGGUAUUGGCCGUUUGGCACUUUCUGUAACGUCUGGGUCGCUUUUGACAUUAUGUGCUCCACUGCAUCCAUUCUCAACCUCUGCAUCAUCAGCGUGGAUAGAUACUGGGCCAUCUCGAGCCCCUUCCGCUACGAGAGGAAAAUGACCCAGCGAGUUGCCUUUGUUAUGAUAAGCAUCACUUGGACGUUGUCUGUGCUCAUUUCAUUCAUACCGGUCCAGCUAAACUGGCACAAAGCCAGCGGAGAUGACAUUGCUGGGGCGCACAACUCUUCCGCAAGUCGACAGAUGGAGGAAAACUGCGACUCCAGCCUGAGCAGAGAGUAUGCUAUAUCCUCCUCUUUGAUAAGUUUCUAUAUACCCGUGGCAAUUAUGAUUGUGACUUACACCCGCAUAUACCGGAUUGCACAAAUACAAAUUAGAAGAAUCGCCUCCCUGGAGAGAGCGGCAGAGCACGCGCAAAGCUGCAGGACCAACAGAAUAGAGUGCCAACACCACAACACCUUGAAAACGUCGAUCAAACGGGAAACCAAAGUGUUCAAAACUCUGUCGGUGAUAAUGGGUGUCUUUGUGUGUUGCUGGUUACCUUUCUUCAUCCUAAACUGCAUGGUCCCGUUCUGCGACAGGCCCGCCACAGACCGGGACGCGGGUCUACCGUGCGUCAGCGAGACGACGUUCGACGUCUUCGUGUGGUUCGGCUGGACCAACUCCUCCCUAAACCCCAUUAUUUACGCCUUCAACGCCGAGUUCAGGAAGGCCUUCGCCAGCCUCCUUGGCUGUCGCUAUUUCUGCUCCAACACACCGGUGGAAACUGUUAACAUCAGCAACGAGCUGGUCUCAUAUAACCAAGAUACCCUCAUCCACAAGGAAAUCGCGAACGCCUACGUCAACAUGAUCCCCAACGUGGUUGAAUGUAUUGAGCACGAAGAGACUUUUGACAGGAUUUCACAGUUCUCUCACAACAAUGAAAACGCCACCGAUUCGGUUUGUGACUUGGAUGACUGCGAGGCAGAUAUCAGCCUUGACAGGAUGUCACCAUUCACACCCAAUGGAUUACACUGACUCCAACUUUGUGUCUCCCCGUGCGUAAUUGGAUGUAUUGAUAAUAAUGUCAUCGUUCAUUCAGCCCCAUUCCCCCAGACGCUCCUCUCCACAGGGAGCCCACAGGUCGGGGUCCUCUGAUCUACUGAGCAGCGCCCCUUGCCUGGUGAGGGAUCUAGUGACUUGCUCAUGGACACUUCAGCAGGGGGCGUGUCUCUGUAGCAACCAGCCCACCCUGCCUCAGCUUUUUUGUCAUAUAUGAGAUGUGAUGUUGUUGUCCUGUUCUGAAAAAAAAGGUGAUGUGUAGGUGUUUAUUUACAUGACAAGUGAAGUCUGUGAUCAUUUGUUCAAAGGUUCAGUGUUGUUGAAGCUGUUGUUUACUGGAAGGCUUUACUCAGAGCAUCCAUGUCUCAUGUCCAUCCACUUAAGGGGGAACAAGUUUGUAAAGACUCUCUGAGGAUUCAUGAAGGAAACAUUUGCUGCUCAAUAACCUCAUGUGUAUCCAGUGCCCGCCUUUCCACUGAGUCUGACACCUGAGGGCAGCCUUACAGACAGUGCAAUCAAGAUGGUUCUACUCAAAUGCAGUCAUUUCAGCGCCUUAUAGCUUAUUCAAAGAAAAGUUUUGAGACUAGAAAGGAAUGUGACGUUUGGAGCUUAAGUUACAUGAUGCCAAAUGCAGUAUUAAAUAAAGUGUUUACCCAC